UAAGCAGCGCCCGAUCUGAGAGAUCUGCCUUCAGUUUCUCCUAGUUUAUUUUUCUGGGGUGGGUUUAGAAGGGGGAAAAAAAUCGAUUAAGAACAUUCAUCAUGUAAUAUUACUGAACCAGAAAGAAUAAAAUGAAAGUACUCGAAACAGGUCAUGGAGAAACUGGAAUUUAGGCUUGACUUUGCCCCAGAUUUACGAUGUGAGCAGAAAGCCGAGUAUCUCCCGGUGUGUCAAAAGUGUGAAACAUGUAUUUUGUCCUGGAAAAUCUUCUCCACCAAGGAGUGGUUUCCUAGGAUUAGCGAAAAGUCCCAGAAGAAGUUUCUCAUUGGGAUCCUGAAGCGACUGAAGAAUUUGGAAUUACUGGACUAUUUCGAGAAAUUACUCAGAACAUCUCAAGGGAAGGAUUUGACCUAUUUCAGAUGCCACGCCAUUGUCAACCGGAAAGCUGAUAAUAAAAUUACGUGCUCCUUUGUAAAAAAAAUGGAUGAAAAGGUGAAAGAGGCAAUGCUGGACAUUCUGCGAUGGUUUGGAAACAGUUCCUACCGAACAAAAGUUAGCUACACCCUGGCACUACUACAGCUGUGCGACAGCCGGUUGCUGUUCCUUGCUGCCAGCAUGAUCCGGGUCCUCAUUUUGGGGCUUCAAAGGACAGGUGAAGUGAACCUACAAGAGGAUUCAGAUGUUUCAUUUCCAGACAGUCUUAAGGAAUCCCGUCACAACUCUGAGAUCUACUCUAAGCUCCACACCUUAUCAUUUUCCAGAACCUCAAAAAGUCAAAGCUUCUAUGAUGGCCAGGGCCAAGCGGAAGACUUCAACUUCAGUGAUAGAAGAUCACAUGCUUCACUUCCUCUGUAUGGGGACAUGAUUUCCAAGAGAACAGAUGGUGCCAAGGAAGAUGAGCAUUUUACUAUCACUUUGCCUUCCCAUCCUGACUACAGGCAGCAGUUGCCUGAGAUUAGCAAAGGCAAAGACUUCAUCCGGUGCUUGCCUGUCCACAUCUCCAAAUACAUUUUAGGCCUUCUAGACAAAAAAUCCUUGAACAAAUGUCUUUUUGUAAGCUGGCAUUGGUCUAUGCUGGUGGAGCAGGUCAAGAAGGAGCAAUCAACACAUCAGCAAGUUCAGAAUGAGAUCACACUCCUUCGGGAGACCUUUACGAAAGGGAUGUACCCUAACUAUGCCAACAAAACAGCAAUUCCAGUUCCCAAGAUAGCUGAAGAUGAAAAAACUACACAAGUAAAAAGUUCAAAAUGGAAAGUGAAAUCAAAGGUUGAAUUCAAUAUAUGGUCAGCAUACCAGAGUCAGGAGACUAUAACAGUCCAAAUGGAAGAGAGAAAUGUCUUUUGUGGCAACUAUAAUAGCUACAUCCUUUUUGACAAGUGGGACAAUUCCAGGGUUAUUCACUUUUGUGGUGGAGAAUUUGUUGCAAUGACUGCCAAUCGGAAGAUACUGCUACUGGAUAUUAAUCAAAAACACAAAGUGCCCACUUAUUUUCAAGGACAUGCAGGGAUUGUUCAGGCACUCCUACUCUGUGAGAAAGAAUCUUUUGUGUUGAGUGGAAGUAAUGAUUUGAGUAUCAGAUACUGGAAUAUUGAGACUGGAAUGUGUACAAAAAUCUUUAAUGGCCAUACAGGCACUAUCACUUGCUUGGAUUUAUAUGAGAAUAAACUUGUAUCAGGAUCAAAGGAUUGCCAGGUGAAAGUGUGGGACAUGGUCAGUGGGAAAUGCCUAAAGACUUUUAAACAUAAGGAUCCUGUCAUGACUGCAAAGAUUAGUAGUACCCACAUUGUGAGCGGCUGUGAGCAAGGCCUGGUGAAAGUGUGGCAUAUAGCAUCAGCUACACUUGUUAAGACUCUCAGUGGCCAUGAAGGAUCAGUUAAAUGCCUGUGUUUUGAUGAGUGGCACCUCUUAACAGGAAGCGAUGAUGGUUUUGUUAUGGGCUGGAGCAUGGUGGGGAAAUAUGAGCGAUGUCUCCUUGCAUUCAAACAUCCAAGGGAGGUGCUCUGUGUGGCCUUCCUCUAUCUCCGGGUAAUCAGUGGUUGUGCUGAUGGGAAGAUCCGCAUAUAUAACUUCUUGAAUGGGACCUGUCUGAAGGUGAUGAAAGCCAAUAGCAGAGGUGACCCAGUGCUGUCCUUCUUUAUUGAGGGCAACAGGAUGGUGAUCAAUACAGAAAGCAACAUUGUGAUGUUUGAGUUUGACAAGGUUAAAUGGCAGUAUUACUCUGAUAAGAAUAAACAACUUACCAAGAGACCCAAGGAGAAGGAAAAGGAAGACCUUUCCUGUGUAAAGGAGAAUAAAAGUACUCAUCCAAAGAUAUAUCCUGUAAUUGAAGAAUCAGUUCUUCAGCGAAUAAAGAGACAAGGCUUACAAUUGCCUCUCUCACCUGAUCAGCUCCUUCUGACUGUCAACGCCCUGCAACAAGCUCACACAGCAAGCAAUAUUACUGAUCAUCUCUCUCUUCCUAAAGCCAAUGUCCGUGAUGCUUGGGGACCUGCAGUUCUCCAACAGGAAACCUCAAAUAAUUUUCUGAACUUAAAAGAUAUGUCACUCCUACCAGGGAGAGCCGAACAGACUGCUCAAAUCAAAAAGUUAAAAUCUGCCAGUAUUGCUCCAGGUUUUAAAAGAACUAGCACCCCAUUUGAAAUUCAAAAAUUGCAGUUAAACAUAAAGAAAUCCUUACACAGCUCCAAGAUAUGUUCUCACAUUCCAGAGCCUAUGAUCAUCCGCCCUAAUUCCUGUGGAACCAUGAAGGAUAGAGAAGAAAAAGUGCAUAAGAAGCCAGGUCACCUGACUAGCAGCCACAUCAUUAAACCUAAUCGUAUGAUGAUUAGAAGCACCGUGGAAUCCUCAUAUUUCCGAGUAAAGCCACCCAUAUACAGUGUGACAGCCAAUCCCUAUCGGAUCAAUACUGGAUUCAUGCUCCUGACAGUGAAACAAAAGAAAGAAUAUAAUGAAGCCAAAAUGAAGGAGUUUAAGAACAUGACCCCCAUUGGGACAGUAAAUCCAGAUAAAGCAAACAAACUAGCUUGGCUCAAGAAGAUCAAAGGUUUGUCGAUAAAUGACUUUAUGAAGAAAGGGAAAAUAGCAGCUCCUGAAUUUGGACAUAACACAUUUAUCUGAAUGCUAGCUACAAAAAGCAUUUUGCCUUUAAAAUAAACAUCAUAUUGCUAUCA